AUGUCAAUCAACCUCACGCCGGAAGAAAAAAAGCUCUACGGUUCGCUUUUCAAGACCGCCGACAAGGAGAGUGUCGGCAUCGUCACCGGAGAAGACGCCAAGGUGCUGUUCCAGAAGUCGUCGUUGUCGCCUGCGAUUCUCGGCGAGAUCUGGCAACUGUCCGACACGGAAAACUCGGGCUUUCUCAAUCAGAUUGGCUUCUCCACAGCUCUUCGACUGAUUGGCCAUGCUCAGUCCGGAGCUCGAGUGUCCGCUCAACUCCGAGACACGCCUGGUCCUCUGCCCAAGUUUCAGGGCAUUAAUCUGAUAGAAAAUCAGCGGGUGGCCUCUCCAGGCAAUGCCGCUUCUCCUAUCCAGCAUCGAGUCGCUUCUCCUAUGCAACAGGGUACUGGUGCUCAAGGAGGCCUUCCCCCUCUGAGCCCCCAAGAUAAGGCCCGGUUCGCUCAGCUGUUCUCUCAGCACGCCCACAACGGUCUUGUCGAGGGUUCUGCGGCCCGAGACAUUUUCCUCAAGGCCCGUCUCCCCCACGAGACUCUGGGCCAGAUUUGGAACCUGGUGGACUCCCAGAAUCGAGGUUCUCUCGACCAAGGAGAGUUCAUUGCCGCCAUGCACCUUAUUCAGAGCUCCAUGAACGGCUCCAUGCCCCAGGUCCCCGCCCAGCUGCCCCAUGGAUACAUUGAGAGCGUGCGUCCCCAGUCUGCCCGAAUUUCAUCUGCCAGUUCCGUCAUGUCCACGGGCUCCAACGCUGCAGGUCCCGGCGUCAUCAGACAGUACACCGGCCAGCAGAUUGGUCAGGGCAACGACUGGAGCAUUUCUCCCCAGGAACGACAGCGGUACGAUGGUAUUUUUGGUGCUCUCGACAAGAAAAAGACGGGUCUGAUCGGUGCCGAUGCCGUGGUGCCCUUCCUGACCACCUCACGACUCCCUGAAGCCACUCUGGCCCAGGUGUGGGAUCUCGCUGAUUUCCAUAACCGUGGCGAGUUUGGCCGAGCCGAGUUUGCCAUCGCCAUGCACCUGGUUCAGCAGAACAUUGGCGGUCGAGAACUGCCCCAGCAGCUGCCCGAGUCCCUUCUUAAGGAGGUUCAAGGUCAACCCCAGCAGCAGCAGCAGCAGCAGCAGCAGCAGCGAGUCCAAUCGCCUCCCAUCUCACAGCCCAAGCCUGCGCCCCCCAAGUCUGCUCUCAACGACGAUCUGGUCCAGCUCAACGACCUGUUUUCGUCGCCUCCACCACAGCAGAAGCAGUUUGUGCCCUCGUCCGACUUUGGUCAGAAGAUCAACAAGUCCGUCGAGGCUCCUCAGUCACCCAUCAAGUCGCCUAUCCAGGCCCCCGUCCAGGUGCCUACUCCUCAGCAGAUCCCUACUCCUACUACCCAAGGCAACCCUGGCCCUCCUGUUGCUCCUCGAAACAUCCACUCUGACGAUUUGUUGUCUUCCAACUCGGAGUUGUCUAACAAGUUGUCCACUGCGUCUACCGACUUUGCCAAUCUGUCGAACCAGAUCGGCUCUUUGACGUCCCAGACAACUACCAUCAAGGACCAGCGAGCCAAGGCCGAGAGCGAGCUGGCCGCCAUGCAGACGAAAAAGAAGGACAUUGAGGCGAAACUCGCCCAGCUGCGAACCCUGUACGAGACCGAGGUCGCCAAGGUCAAGCAGGUCGAGCAGGAACUCACUGCCGCCAAGGCUGAUACUGACAAGGUACAGCAGGAGUUUUCUAUCGUCGACGCGUCUUUGCACGCUGUCCAGUCGCAGCACCAGCAAUUGUUGUCCGCUUUUGAGGCCGACAAGGCCAAGAACGCAGAGAUCAAGGAAAACAUUCGGUUGGCCAACGAGGAGGUCAACAAGACAAAGGAGCUGCUGGCCACGGCCGAAAAGGAGGCGAAACACCAAAAGAACCUGCUGUCCAUCAAUGACAAGCAGCGAAGUGCGUUGAUGGAGGAGCAUGCCAAGAUGCAGGCCCAGAUUGACGCCCAUAAUGCUGAGGUUGAGGCUGCAAAGCGGGAGCUUGAGCGACGAGCCCAGGAACCCGCUCCCGUGGCUCCCGACAUGUCUCGGAUGCAGGCCAUGCCUCAGGUCCAGCCUCGAGCUGUUCCUGCUCCUGAACAUCGGGCGUCUCCUAACAACCCUUUCUUUUCUGUUGCGGGAGGUGCGGCUCUUGGAGCAGCUACUGCUGGUGUUGCUCAUGCUGUCCACGGUGUUGGAAACGCUGCUCAGGGCGCUGGCAACGCUGCUGCUGCUGGACCUCCCCCUGUUUCUUUUGGCGGACAACCCCAGACCCAACCCAAGAUGGACGAUUUCGACGAGGCUUUCAGCCAGAUGGACGCUUCACCCUCGCAGGCUCCUUCUCAGGCUCCCUCCGACACCCCCAUCUCGUCUGUUCAGUCUGAUUUCAAUGAGUACCAACCUGAGGCUGCAGGUUUCACUCUGCCUCUCGCACGACCACAUUCUUCCACCUCUUCUGUCCAGAACAACGCUCCUCUGUCCGUUCGAGGCGAGAACUUUAGCCGACCCGACUCUCCUGUGUCCAACAUCACCCGUCUGAGCGACUCCACUGCCCCCAUUCCCUUUGAAGGUUCUCGAGAGCACGAUGAGGUGGUUAAGACAGCUAACUCUGGUCUGACCGGUGAUACUAUCGAAGCUCAUGCUUCGCACCCCAGCAUCGCCUCCAAGGAGACUGUUUCUGAGCCUCAGAAGCCGGACGUUGAUGGAUUGACCGCUCAGUUCAAGAGCACUGAGCCUUUCCCUGAACAGCCCUUUGUCCAGCCUUUUGGUUCCAACCCCGCUUCUCAGCCUGCUCCUUUCAACCCCCCUGCCCAGUUCACUAGCGAGCAGCCUCACCCCGAGACCAACGCUGCGCUCGAGCAGUUCACCGACAAGGCCGUUUCGGACCAGCCCGAGUUUGAGAAGGCCGCCGAGCCCUUCCCCGACCAGCCGUUUGCCCAGCCUUUUGGCCCUAACCCUACGCAGCUGGAGGAGGACUCUGGCAACGAGUCAUUCGAGUUUGUGUCUGCUGACGAGAACGAGCACUCUAUCAACGAGAUGCCCCGUCGAGACAAGGGCAAGGCUGUGGUUGACGACGACUCUUCUGACGAUGACGAGCUGGAGGAGAUUGGGGUCAACCGGUACAAAAACUACCAGCCCAAGGAGGUGCACCAUGACGAUACUACGUCGGACGUGGUUACUCCCCAGCACGAGAUUACUCAGCCUACUUUUGCCCCUGCUGUUGACACUGCUCCUGGUCACUUCCCCGACCAGACUGCUGUUCACGAUACUGCCCCUGGUCAUUUCCCUGAGCCAGCUGCCGCCCCAGCCUCUUCUCAGGGCUUUGCUGCUCCCACACAAGCAUACCCCUCUGCUGCCGAGGAGAAGGCUGCUGCUGCUGCUGCGUCCAACAAUGACAAGGAGCUGCCCCCCAACCCACCCACAUAUGACGAGAGCGAAGGCCCCGGCUCUCCUCAUCAUGGUGGCUCCACUAACGGCUUCUUCGGUAACCAGCAUGCGCCUGCUGCAUCUGCUAACGACGACUUUGACGACGCGUUUGCCGAUCUUGAGGACACCAACGUGGAGGCCAACAACUCGAUGGACCAGUCGCAGUACAGCACCGACUUUAACAAUGCGUUUGACGACAUGAACCAGGCUCCUGCGCCCGCUAAUCCUCCUGGAAACGACGAGUGGGAGCAGAUCUUCGCCGGUAUGUCUUCCGGCCCUGCUCCAGUCAGUGCUCCCUCUGCUGCUCCCGUUAGAGCAUCUUCUCCUCGAUCUCGAGCUGUUCAGGAGCUGACCGGAAUGGGUUUCUCUGAGGAGAAGGCCAAGCGGGCGCUGCAGAAGCACAAAUACAACGUUGCCGAGGCCACUAAUUACCUUUUGGACCAGAGCUGA